AUGGCGCCUCGCACCGACAGAGGGCGCUCCAGCACAAACGAGGGCGACAAAUACGGGCGGCUCAACCGCGUCUCUAACCCAAAGAAGGCAGACCUUCGAAAGCAGCUCGUCGACGCGGGCUACCGGCCAAGGCGCGCUCUUCUCCACGCAGACCUCGAGGAGAUGGCACACACAAAGAUUCAUCGCCAGCUCGCGUACCAGAAGUGUCGACGUGAGGCACUUCAGAAGUUCGUCAGGAGCCGUGGGCUGAAGGACAUCUCUUUGGACAAGACCAACAAGGAUCUAGCUCAGGCGCUCGUCAAGGCGGACAAGACCCGGCAAUUCACGAAGUUACUCGACCUCCCGCCAGAAGUUCGCCUCGUGAUCGCCGACUACUACCUGAACGACAUCAAUCAUGGAAAGACCAGCCUCCUCUGCCCUACUCAGCCGCCGCUUGCCCGCACCUGCAAACUGCUGCGUAAGGAGGUGCUUCCUUUGUUCUUUCAGCAGAGCAGGUUCGCACUGAAGGUAGAGCUUGUCAUUCAUCCCAUCACCUCCCAUCCGGCACCACCAAAGCGCGGCACGUUAUCAUUCGACUCAAGCCGGUUCAUCGACAGCAUCCCGCCCCAGAGCCUUCAAGACCUCCGCAGCCUGGCUGUGACUUUCGGCGGCCGGAAUCUAUCAUUUCGCCAGAUUCACACCACCGUCCAGAUUGAUUCCGCGGGUGACUUGAUCAAGGCAUUCAAGAACCAUGCAGUCGCAGUUGACGAGGACGACGGGGAGAUGCGUUACGAUCUGAUCAGCGACAUGAUGGACAAGGUCGAAGAUGCGGCUCAGCAGUGGUACGUACAGGCUGUGAAAGAGUACUGGGAGAAGCUGGUCGUCCUAGGCUGA